CAGGCGUGGCGACGAGGGGGGGCAAUCCAAAGGCCAAAACGCUAUCCUUGUCUCACCUGCCCCCCCCCCGUCCCCAGGAGGCCUGCGCGGCGAAGUUUAAGGCCAUGUGGGAGACCAGAGACUUCGCGGACGCCACCGUAAAAUGCGCCGGGCGCUCCAUCAAGGUCCACCGCGCGGUGCUCGGGUCGUGCUCCCCGGUGUUCCUGGCGAUGUUCAAGACGGGCGGGAUGCGCGAGGCUGCGGGGCACUGCGUGGAGAUCGGGAACGCCACGCUCGCGACGGUGCAGGCCUUCGUGCAGUUUCUGUACCUGCACGACGUGCCCGCCGACGCGGACUGCUGCGAGCUGCUGCGGCUGGCCGACCAGUACCAGGUGGAGCCCCUCGUCGAGCUCUGCUGCGAGAGGUCUCGGUCUUUCGGGCUCUUGAGCAUCUUCUGCAAUUACUGGCACUCUGGAUCGGGCCUGGGGCCAGAAAACGUGUUGCUGGGGAUGGCUUUGGGCAAGAGCGUUCUGGAGAUCGGGACCCCGUUCAUCGCAGGAGGUGACUUCAACUUGGAGCCAGCAGUGUUGUCAAGCGGCCUGGCACCAGGGCGAUAUGGAGGGCAGAUCGUUCAGCCAGAAGACUUCACUCUGGUACAACCAGAUCACGCGGCAAUUCUAGAUUAUUUUAUAUGCAGCCACUCGCUCAGCUUCGGGGUGCAGUUCUGCGAGGCAGAUCUGGGCUGGACGACGGGGGGCUUCAACCUGUUCCGGGUGCUCGACUGGACGAGUUUCAGCAAAUUCUGGACCGUGUUUACCAGGUUCGCGGCUCAGCAGAAUCUCUGGAAAACUGCCUGGAAGGCGGAGGAGACCCGCAAGGAGCCCCUGCAGUUGCCCCUCCCUCCCGACUAUGUCAUCCCUGAGGCGCCCUCUGCAGAUACCUUGAGGAAGAUUUCGAGAGGCUUCAAGGCGAACACGAUAGCGGUUGACGGGUUUCAUCCUCGACACUAUGCGUACCUCUCCGACGAGGCACUCGAGACAAUGUCUUCCCUUUUCUCGCUGCAGGCGGCAAUAGGCCAUGCACCAUCCCCAUUGCGAAUCUUGCUCGUGCAACUGUUCCAGAAGCCCGAGACAGGGAGGCGGCCCAUAGGCUUCUUCCAGAGCUAUUCUCGGAUCUACUCGAAGGUCUCGGCAGGUUUUUGCAAGGAGUGGGAGACUCAGCUGGAGGAUGGAGGAGUUUUUAACAUGGCACCUAGGAGAAGUACCACCGAUGGAGUUUGGAGGCAGGCGGUUAGAAGUGCUUUGGCGGACGAGAGUGGGAUGAAGGUAGGUAUUUUGCUGGCUGACCUUCUGCAGUGCUAUGAACAUGUGCGUCACCUGUCACUGUGGGAGGAGUGCAAGCUCGCGGAUUUCCCACUGCACGUUUUGCGCGCCGCCAUCUCCAGCUACAGGUGGCCAAGAGUGAUUAUGAUGGAUCGUGUCUGCUCUCCUCUCCUCUACCCCGACCAGGGAAUUGUUGCGGGAAGCAGUACAGCUACCUUUGAGAUAAAAGCGUUCAUGGUGCCCAUGGUCCAGGAUCUAGAGCCCAUUGAGAACACAAGCUUCACGAUCCAUGUUGAUGACCUCGAAGUGGAUGGAGCCCACAGAGAGGUAGCAGGUUGUUUGAAUUGCAUUGCGCAGAUGGCAGGACAACUUUUCAGUGCGUGUGCCAACCGUCUAGGGCUCCCGAUCUCGCUGAAGAAAGGUUGCUUCACUUCCAACUCGAAGGAUGUCAUGGAGGGGGCUCAGGAGUGUUUUGGCCAGUACGCGCACACGCUCACGGGGGAGGUGGUGAACUUGGGGGUGGACUUCUCCAUUGGCUCUAAGGUCUCGAGUUUGCCCAACAAGGUCCACUCCGUCAAAGGCUGGCGCAGAAGAGGCACGCACCCUAUUUUGGACGCUCUGUUGUGGGGUGUUGAGGCCGGGUGGACUUUCAAUAACCAGGCUAGCUUCACAUCAACGAGCGGUGUACCUGUUGGCAUGACGGACUCGCCGCCAGAGCUGGUACGCAAGUUUUUCGUUCAGGAUCUCAAGCAGAAGUAUUUGGCAGAGAGCGUCAACAAGAUAGUUCAGGCCAUAGAUUCCGUGUGGCACAGGAUCUGGAUUUGCCCGCAUGGGGCAUCUGCUAGGAUCGCGCUGGAUCAGGACCUUCUCGAGGAGGCCCUCACGGCUGGCGAGCAGGACCCGCUGUUCAGCUCGCUGUGGAUCCCUGUGCCCGAGAUUGAGCUGGAGGCCCCAGUAGAGGACUUUGUCAGAUAUUUCGACGAGAAUGGGCCGAUUGACCCGUUCACCCUCCCGCACAACGCCAAGGUUUUUUCGGACGGUUCUGUCUGGGACCCGAAAACUGAUGUGGGAGCCCGAGGGGGUUGGGCCGCUGUGGAGGUGGACGAUGAUGGGAACCUGAUCAGGGGGCUGAUGGGGUCCAUCGCUCGUGGGCUUCCCCAAACUGCAGUACUUGCCGAGCACCAUGGGUUGAUGCACACGAUAGAGCACCAGGACCAGGACCCCCCCCCAGAGGAAGAGGCUGAUCUGAACGCGUUCGUGGAUUGCUCUGCGCUUAUUUGGGGCUCCAAGGACAUGUUGAAGGCCUCGAGAGGUACCACGGUUCAGAGCGGCCACUGGAGGCGGAUCAAGCGGGUGACCCCCAGGGCCUGGACCAUUCACAAGGGUGGCCAGGGUGCUGGCCACGGGGCAAGGCAUUCUCUUCUGCAACCGAUGUGGUAG